CCGCUGCCUGUUCCCUUUUCACAGAUUUACUACUUCUAACCUUUUGAGCCUUUAGCAUCCUCUCUCUCUCUCUCUAAAGGCUUUUUCCACUCACUCUUUCUCUGCUGCAGCCACUCCCCCGAUAUUCCGCCCCAAACACCCGAAACUCGUCUCCCCAUUUCGCUGCUUCUUUCCCUCAAUGCUGCUCUAGUCUAGUCCUUGUCCUUGUCCUUGUCCAUGUGGAGCCACUGCUGCUGAUGGGUUGCUUCCAAUCCAAAACCGCCCACCUCCACUCCCCUGACGAUCCCUCCUCCACCCCUGAACCCACCGCCAAGCCCGAUUCAGCUAAUGGAGAUCAGAGUGAUCAGGAGCAUCAAGUUCCCGCAUUUAAGGAAUACGGCCUCAGCGAGCUUCGCAAGGCUACCAACGGCUUCAGCAGCGACCACAUAGUCUCCGAGAGCGGCGAGAAAGCUCCCAAUGUUGUUUACAGAGGGAAACUCGACAGUAAUCGCUUGGUUGCUGUCAAGCGCUUCUCCAAGCUGUCUUGGCCUGAUGCUCAACAGUUUGUGGCGGAGGCGGCUGGGGUUGGGAAGGUUAGGCACAAGAGAUUGGUGAAUCUGAUUGGUUGCUGUGCUGAAGGAGAUGAACGGCUUUUGGUAGCAGAAUACAUGCCCAAUGAUACUCUUUCCAAGCAUCUAUUCCACUGGGAUAAGCAACCACUUCCAUGGGACAUGCGUGUGAGAGUUGCAUAUUAUAUUGCUCAGGCACUUGAUCAUUGUAAUACAGAAAACCGGAAGAUCUAUCAUGAUUUGAAUGCAUAUAGAGUUCUUUUUGAUGAGGAUGGUGACCCUCGUUUAUCAAGUUUUGGCCUUAUGAAAAAUAGUCGAGAUGGUAAAAGCUACAGUACAAACUUGGCUUAUACUCCACCAGAGUUUUUGCGAACAGGGAGGGUCAUUCCAGAGAGUGUGAUAUACAGUUAUGGAACAGUUCUAUUGGACCUGUUGAGUGGGAAGCAUAUCCCUCCAAGUCAUGCACUGGACUUAAUAAGGGGGAAAAAUGUAUUGUUGUUGAUGGAUUCAUCAUUGGAAGGACAGUAUGCCAAUGAUGAUGCUACUAAGUUGGUUGAACUUGCUUCAAAAUGUCUUCAGUCUGAGGCCAGGGAUCGACCUGAUACUAAUUUUCUUCUUACAGCAGUAGCACCCCUUCAAAAGCAGAAAGAGGUGGCAUCUCAUGUUCUAAUGGGCCUGACUAAGACUACAGUUGUGCUGCCAACCAUGCUGUCUCCUCUUGGAAAGGCUUGUGCAAGGAUGGAUCUUACUGCUGUACAUGAUAUAUUGCUUAAAACAGGUUAUAAAGAUGAAGAGGGUGCGGAGAAUGAGCUUUCAUUUCAAGAAUGGACACAACAAGUGCAAGAGAUGUUGAACACAAAGAAAUUCGGGGAUAUUGCAUUUAGGGACAAGGAUUUCAAGAGUGCAAUUGAUUAUUAUUCAAAGCUAGUAGUUAUGAUGCCUGUACCUUCGGCUACUGUCUUUGCAAGGAGAGCCCUCUCAUACUUGAUGAUUGGACAAGCAGAACUUGCCUUGAGGGAUGCCAUGCAGGCUCAGGUAUGCAUACCAGAGUGGCCCACUGCAUUCUAUCUGCAGGCUCUUGCACUCUCCAAGCUUGGAAUGGAAACAGAUGCUCAGGACAUGCUCAACGAUGGGGCAGCAUUCGAGGCCAAGAGGCACAACAGCUGGCGCAACUGAAGUAUAAACCCCAUAACUGGUAGUGUCUCUUGGGUCCUUCACUUGUAGAAUGAAUUGCUGGAUUAGGAAACUGAAGUGCUAGGAGAAAAUGAUUUGUGGUGAUAGAUUUUUUCCAGGAAAUACUAUCAAAUCCCCUUGUAGACUACACAGUUACAGGCCUGAUCAAUAUAUGAUGUAUUCAUAAAAAGAUAGAAAUAAGUUAAAUUGA